AUAUAAGCUUACUGACCGUUGGGAUGUGUGAGACCUAAUUGCUUCCUUAUCUUUUCUUUUCUUUUCUACUCUUCCAUUUCUUUUACUUCUGUUCAAGCAAAGGAGCGUCCCCAAUUCACAUGCCCUCCUUAGUGACCGUUAAAAGAACCGUUCCCGUCGUCAUUCUCCCUCUCGCUACCACAGAAAAACCCUAAAAAAUCUCUCUUUGCUCGCAGAGAGAGAGCCCUCUCUUUUGAUCUACACUAAGGAAAAGGGCAAAUCCCAAAGAAACCCAGAAAUGGAUUCCAACGAAAGAAGGAAAAGUGGGUUGAAUCUCCCAGCUGGAAUGUCCGAGACGUCGUUGCGCCUCGACACGUUCUCCGGUUCUUUCCGGACGAUAUCGAAGCUGUCGUCGCCGUCGAAGGCCACCACCUGCAGCGAUAGAUUCAUACCGUGCAGAUCGUCGUCGAGGCUUCACACUUUCGGGCUCGUCGAGAAGGGGUCGCCCGUGAAGGAAGGCGGCAACGAGGCCUACUCCAGGCUGUUGAAAUCUGAACUUUUUGGGUCUGAUUUUGGGUGUUUUUCUCCUGCAGGUCAAGCGUCUCCGAUGAGUCCCAGCAAGAACAUGUUGAGGUUCAAGACGGAGCACUCCACGCCUAAUUCGCCCUUUUCUCCUUCCAUUUUGGGUCAUGAGAGCGGAUUCUCCUCUGAGGUUUCCACGCCUCCCAAGCCACCCCGGAAGGUCCCCAAGACACCGCACAAGGUCCUGGAUGCCCCAUCACUUCAAGACGACUUCUACUUGAACCUUGUGGACUGGUCCUCGCAGAAUGUGCUUGCAGUUGGAUUGGGCACUUGUGUCUAUCUAUGGACCGCCUCAAACAGCAAAGUGACCAAGUUGUGUGAUCUGGGACCUAGUGAUAGUGUCUCUUCAGUUCAGUGGACCAAAGAGGGUUCAUACAUAUCAAUUGGAACAAAUCUUGGUCAAGUUCAGGUCUGGGAUGGAAGUCAAUGCAAGAGAGUCCGAGCAAUGGGAGGGCAUAACACGAGAACGGGCGUCUUGGCAUGGAGUUCCCGCUUAUUAUCUUCUGGGAGUAGAGACCGCAACAUACUUCAGCAUGAUCUUCGAGUUUCAAAUGAUUUUGUCAGCAAAUUAGUUGGCCACAAAUCUGAGGUAUGUGGGCUAAAAUGGUCCCAUGAUGAUAGGGAACUUGCAUCAGGUGGCAAUGAUAAUCAGCUCUUGGUCUGGAACCAACAUUCUCAACAACCAGUUCUAAAGCUAACAGAGCACACUGCUGCUGUUAAGGCAAUUACUUGGUCACCCCAUCAGAGUGGCCUUCUUGCAUCUGGCGGAGGAACUGCUGACAGGUGUAUUCGCUUCUGGAACACCACAAAUGGCAAUCAACUAAAUAGUAUUGACACAGGGAGCCAGGUAUGCAAUCUAGCAUGGAGUAAGAAUGUGAAUGAGCUAGUCAGCACUCAUGGUUAUUCCCAGAAUCAAAUAAUGUUGUGGAAGUAUCCGUCAAUGGCAAAGGUUGCAACUCUAACUGGCCACAGUUUCCGUGUACUCUAUCUUGCUACGUCACCAGAUGGACAGACAAUAGUGACUGGAGCUGGAGAUGAGACAUUGCGGUUUUGGAAUGUCUUCCCGUCCAUGAAAUCACCGGCACCAGUCAAGGAUUCAGGCCUCUGGUCAUUGGGACGAACCCAGAUACGAUGAAAAAACUCUUUGCAUAUAGAAAAAUAAAAUUCUUUCCUUUUUAUUUUUUUUAUUUUUUAUAAAUGCACAUACCAAAUUUCAGGAGCAAUCACCAGAGGCGCAAGAAUUUGUGUUUAAUAAAUAAUUCUCAGAAUCCUCAAGGGGAGUUUCUUGUU